AUGCGGGCAUGGAUCGCCUACCUAAUUCUAGCCGUAGGCGUUGCGUUCAUCAUUGCCGGUUCAGUAAUGUUAGGAAUAGGGAUCUCAAAGUACAAUUCGUCUAAAAAUCUUAAGAACACCACACCGUCUAUCCGUGUACCAACCUCAACUACAUCAGCCACUACACCAGAUUCUCAGAACACAGAGCCGAUUUCGCAAAAGAUCCAGAACAACAUCGAUCCAGCAGAGAUCAAGAAAAAUCUCCAUGACUUCACCGCAUCACCACAUAUGGCCGGAACGUCAGCGAAUGCAAAGGUUGCAGAUUCUAUUGUUGCUAAAUGGAUAGCGGCAGGAUUAGAAAAUGUGCACAAGGUUGAGUACAACGUGCUGUUAUCCUACCCGUCAAAUACGACGAAUCCUAACUAUAUGACUAUUGAGUACCAUAAUGGGACAACCUUCUACAGAAGUGAAGGAAUCAGUCCACCAAUUAUUAAAAACGAGCAAAGCGACGAAGAGGCUGGAAUGCAGUGGCUUGCUUUUUCACCAAGCGGCAAUGUGGCAGGAGAUAUUGUUUAUUGUGGAUUUGCUACCGAGAAGGAAUUCCAGACUCUUCAAAGUCUUGGGAUAACACUGACGAGCCGAAUAGCUUUAAUCCGUUACGGCGGCACAUUCCGAGCCGAUAAGGUGGCGCUGGCGCAGAAAUAUGGUGCUAUUGGUGCAAUUCUGUACUCUGACCCAGCGGAGGUGGCGCCAUAUGGAAUCCAAGACGGUGAUGUUUAUCCGAAUACGGUCUAUAUGCCGGCGAAUGCUGUUCAACGUGGAACACUAUAUACUGGAACCGGUGAUGUACGUUCACCUCUGUAUGCUUCGAAGACAAAUUUAUGGAAAGCUGGAUCGGUUCAGGAGGCUCUGCGACAUGGGAUACUUCCUUCGAUACCGGCGAUCCCGAUUUCCUAUCAUUCAGCUCAACAACUGAUCUCUCGAUUGGAUGGACCUCCAGCGCCUGCAACAUGGAAAGGAGGAUUUAAUUUCACCUACAAUCUUGGGCCUGGGCUUAGAGACGGCUUGAGCACACGAGUUACUGUAAACAACUAUUCUGCAAACAGACAAAUCCAAAAUGUUAUCGGCUACAUAAAUGGUGUCGAGGAACCGGAACGUUAUGUGAUCCUAGGAAAUCAUUACGAUGCAUGGACAUACGGUGCUAUGGAUCCGAACGCAGGAACCGCUGUUCUGGCAGAAGUUGCCAGAUCUACAAUGAAGGUGAUUAACGAGACCGGAUGGCGACCAGCACGAACGCUUAUGUUUGCCGCAUGGGACGCUGAAGAGUUCGGUUUGAUUGGAUCGACGGAGUUUGUCGAGGAGUUCACAGAAAUCCUCACAAGACGUGCGGUCGCUUACUUGAACAUGGAUUGCCUUAAGGGAAACCAAACCAUAUACGUGCAAUCCUCACCGUCACUACAAGAUCAGGUUGUACUCGCUAGCAUGCACGUCGCAAAUCCGAGAAAGGAUGAAAUCAAAGCGAACCGCACAACCGUCUACGACACAUGGAUAAGUUUAAUGAAAGACACAGAGUAUCUUGGCGUUCCUGACAUUCCCAUUCCAAUGGGCGGUUCGGAUCAGAAGCCGUUCCUGGACUACCUAGGUGUUCCCUCUGUGAAUUUUGCAUGGAUUGAUAUGGACAAGCAUCACACCUAUCCCUUAUAUCAUACUCUCUACGAAACACCCUUUGCAAGCGAACAUCUGAUGGACGUUGAUAAUUUUGCGAUUCAUCGUGCUAUUGGACAGUAUUGGAUUGAGUUAGCUGUUCGCUUUGCUGAUGCACCCACGAUACCGUACAGCUUGUCUACGCUUUCAAUGAGAAUUCAGAGGGAUUACAUUCCGGCACUGGCUGAUUCGAUUCAAUCACUUAAUAUGACCGCUUACACCACUAGCGGAUAUAAUCAACUCCAAGAGAUGGCGAAAGUAGCUGCUGAUCUUAUAACCGUCACCGUAAAUCUUGAGAGUCAAGAACUUCCCAGAAAUAUCGAUCGAUUAUGGAGGAGUCGUUACAAUGAUCGGCUGAUCAACUUUGAACGAUGUUUCGUGAAUCCACGCGGGAGCCCGGAUGACGCUGCGGCUCGACAUGUGCUCUUCUCUACCAGUAAAACAGACAGUUAUUCUGGAGAAGUUAUGCAACAAGUCUAUAAAGUGUUGGACGAUAUGGUUGAUGCUCAAACAAGUCAGUUAGGAUCACUUAGUGACGAAUUGGCUAAUCAAAUAUCGAUUGUUCAGAGCUCAUUACAGUGUGCACUUAAUGUUCUUGCAGACUAUAUUUAG